UUCGCGUUCGCGACCUCGUGCGAGGUCAGCCAAAUGUUUGCUCGUCCCUAGCAAUGCAAACACAGAGCCACACCACAACCGAUCGUCAUGGCUAUAGCUUGCGCUUCUCGCCUUUCGAGGCAAAUCACAUGCUGCUCGCUACUAGCCAAUUGUACGGUCUUGCUGGUGGCGGUUCGCUCUUUUUACUUGCCAAAAACUCCACAAAAGACGCUCAGUUGAGCAUCAAUGAACAGAAUAUUACAGAAUUGUGUCGGCUGGAGUGGUCGGAUGGGUUGUUCGAUGUCGCCUGGUGUCCAUAUGCCGCUGAUAUAGCAGCCACUGCCUCCGGCGAUGGCUCGCUACAGAUUUGGUCUGGUUUGGAUGUCGAAUCGGUGGUGACAGAGCAAACACCCAAACAGCCGUUGAUCUGCCUGCAGGAGCACAAGAAUGAGAUCUACAGUCUGGAUUGGGGCGAGAAAUGGAAUUAUCACACACUCCUCUCGGCCAGUUGGGAUUGUACGCUCAAGCUGUGGGAUUGCAACAGGCAGAACUCCAUCACGACGUUUGUGGGACACAAUGAUUUGAUAUAUUGCGCAAAGUAUUCGCCGCUCAUUGCGAAUCUCUUUGCCAGCGUAAGUACCGAUGGACACUUAAACUUAUGGAAUUCUCUUGAUUUUGCAGGUAAACCCCUGAUGAGCAUCGAGGCGCAUGCCAGCGAGGCCCUCUCCUGUGACUGGAGUCACUUCGAUCGCAAUGUGCUGCUGACGGGAGGAUCGGAUGGUCUGAUACGUGGCUGGGACCUGCGCAAGAUGCGCACACACAUCUUCGAGCUCUACUCUGGAGAAUUUGCAGUCAGACGUUUGGCCUGCUCCCCGCACUCGGCAACGGUGCUCGCUUCAGCCAAUUAUGACUUUACAACGCGCAUUUGGGACUUAGCAACCGGUGUAUCCGCACAGGAAGUGAAUGCUCAGCACACAGAGUUUGUCUGCGGCUUGGACUGGAAUCCACAGCGUGCUCAUGAGCUGGCCGACUGUGGUUGGGAUUCGGUGGUGAACGUUUAUACACCCAAGUGCCUUACUUAGAGAGCUGACACAGCCGCUUCAGAUGCCGUUAUGCUGCUGGCCUUACACCCAACUGGAAACUAGAACUGGAACUGGAACUGGAAACUGGAACAGGAACCGGUAACUCCAAAAACCGAACGAAUGUGAUAAAUAGCCAAACUUAAUGGUGGACAGGACACCUGGACCUGGAUAGCUGAGCUAUUCAAAAAAUUAAAGAAAAAA